AUUCACGUAGCUGGAGUUGAGUAGCGUAGGUUGACUUACCGCGGUAGCGUAGACAUAGCUGAACUCUGGUGUUUGUAAUUCUGAGGUUCUACUGUAAUUGCCAAUAGUUAAGUUACCACAGUUGUUUCUAUGCAAGCAUAUUUUAUUCUUAAACUAAAAGUGCUACAGAGAAAACAUAUUCAAAUCAAUUAAAGAAUCUACACACAUGCUAAGAAGCUUGCCAGAGAUCACCAUUUCCAUAAAGGCUCUGGCCAGUGUCAGUCCUUCCAACUUUUCCCUGAGUCUGAGGCUCUCCAUAGAUCAGAGGUCCUACCUGUCUGCUGGAUCAGAAUGAGGGCCUGGGUGUAAACUGAGCCAUAGAGAAACUGUGGUAUGUCUAAGGUCAAAGAGUAAGUUAAUAGCAUGUGAAGGAGAACAAGGAUGAUAGAACCAGGAGGGCAGUGGGGGCUAAUGCCCCCACAAUAGAAAUACUGUCAGAGCUAAUUUGUUUGCAGCUCCGCUUCCCCAUCCUGUCUAACUCCACCCUACUCUCCCCAGCUCCAUUUACUGCCUCUCCAUCGGCUGAUUGGCUCUCAACUUCCAAACAAUCAGGUUAUGGCCAGCAUCUCUCCCUUCCAGCAGUGGGUGGGGGCAGGGUAUCUUUCUGCACUCUGCUAUUCAAAGUGCAUGGCUGCUGCUUCUUGUGGAGAACCCAAGAAUCUAAAGCUUAUUCCCAUGUUCUAAACACUAGCUCACACACUGCAAACUAUUGGCCUUUAUAUUUACUUUAAAUAUAUAUAUAUAUAAGUAGCUAAUGUUUCUCACAGUGGAUUCAGAAGUGUAAAUAGAUGAAUAAAGUUGUUAUGGUAACCUGAAUAAAUGUGGCUUAGACUUAUUUACAAAACGCUUUGCAGAUGGCAAUAAGCAAACAUUUCAGUUUAACAGCUGCCAAGGAUCCUUGUUUGAUGACUCUCAGUGCUUUAAUCAGUAGCACUUUGACUAAGCAGUUACUAGCUUGCAGAGACAGUGGGUAUGAUGGUAGAGGUAUGAUUAGCUUGGAUCCUGUAUGUACAUGUUUGAAACUUGUUCGCACUUGCCUUAAUCAAUAUGUGGUUUGUUGGUUUCACUAAACACAUGGGGGGGGGGAGAUUUUCCCCCCCAAUGCAGCUGAACUAGAGAAACACAUUCAUGACAUUAUAUCUCACGGUCACUGCUGCCUGUUACGGCAGGGCUUUUUCUGGCAAGCAUUUGUUUUGAAGAGAAGAAACUCUUUGCAUUUAGGCUGGAUAUUUGUAGUCUUCUCUGGCUUGUUGUGGUAUGGAUUUUGCUUUUAUGUUUUUGUCUUUUGUUAUUAAUUGUGGAUAUGAACUUGGCAAGGCAUGUGUUUUGUUAGCUCAGGAAGGUCUCCUAGCAGUUUUUAGCUGCGUUUUGCAAGAUGAGGAUUUUCAUAUCUUUUGAAGGAUUUUGUGAAUCUUUUGAUAUUUCAUCAGACCAAACUGUGCAAGCUGUAAAACUGAUGAUAAAGGAUUAUUUCCACAUUCCACUUUCUGAAGACAAAAAAGGCAGACAAUAUUUGGAGCUGAUCUACGCAGGAGCAAUACUGAAGGACAACUGGAUCCUUGCUGACAUAGGGAUAUCCGUUUCCUCGACUAUUCAAUGUGUUGUUAAGGAAGAAGACAAACCAGCUUUCUAUGUGUACAAUGCUGUAACUCAAGAGAAAGUGCCCAUUAAGGGGAGUAUUUAUCUUCUUGCUACAAAAGUGUCCCUUUUGAAAACACUGGUAACCCUGAAAUGUGGCUUUCCAAAUAGUGUUUAUUGUCUCAGGACUCCAGAGGGCAAGGAGAUGUAUGACUGCAACACACUGAACGAUUACCAGUUAGAUAUAGGCACAACACUUCGCCUGGAUGUGUGGGAUGGAUGGAAAGAAUUCCUGACUGGGUGCCUCUUAGGAAACAAGCAUACAGUCCAACGCUUCCUGUCUGAUGAAGAACCAGUACUCAAAUAUCAAAAGAGGGUGGCUCUUUACAUGGCAGCAUUUUUUGGCCACCUCGAGCUCACGGCAUGGAUACUGGAACAGGGAGAGAGACCCAAUGAGGCAGUGGGUGUUCAUCCCUACCGAGAAUGGUGUCAGGAAACACAUCAUCCAGAUGUAACUAAAUGUCCAGUUCAUGCAGCUGCAGAAGCAGGCCAACUAAUUAUACUGAAGGCCUUUGUCAAUUAUAGUGUCUUGUGCGUAGAGUGCCAAAAUCCAGUAGGGCAAAUUCCUCUGAACAUAUGCAUCAAACAGAAACAUAAGGAUUGUGUGCUAUAUUUAGUUACCAAAAUGUGGUCAGUGGUUUCUUAUCCUAAUUUUUCACUUCCCAUGAAGAUCUACAUUAAAUUAAAGCAGUGGCUGCUUAGGGCUCAGAGUCACAUCCUUACCACGAAAUGGCUUAACCAGGCUGUAGUCUUCAGAACACGAGUGGGGGACACUGUUAUUGUGGAUGGCUUCACAAAGCCGAAAAUGACUUCCAAAGCCAGGAUCAAGGCAGCAGCCAAUAAGGACUAUAAGUUACCAAACCUAACUGAUCAAACUCCACAUGAGAAAGAUUCAUGUUCCUUGACAGUUACAAAGGGGAACCAAACAGUAAUAAAGCUCAAAUUACGUCCAUUGGAAGAUGCGAAUAAGCUCCCUAACAUACACAGACUUCACCAAAAGAAGAGUAUUAGAAAGAAGGCUGCUCAGCCUAGAAAAGAUGAAAGUAUGGACCAAAAUAUGUGUUUAGCUAAAGUUCCUCUGCCCCCUAUUUCGAGCCUCAGAAAUUCACGCCCUCCUUUCUACUAUUCAACACCUAGUGCUAAAUUGCUCUUAAAUUCCUCCUCUGAGUGUUUCUCAGAACACAAUGGAAGAACUCCAAGAGAUAAUGCAAUCUACUGCUUAGCUAUUGCCAGUGCAUUUAAAGAGAAACCAUGGCUUCAACAACUGGGAAUUGCAAGAACUCUAGCUAAGAAGAGUGUCUGCAAACCUGUAUACUGAUAAAGACCUGAUUUCAUAUUGAAUGUUUCCAGGAACCUGUAGUUUGGGAAGAGAGCCUAUGUUUGAAUGCUCUAACGAUAUCAAUGAUGUCCUAUUCGACACGUAUCCUAAAUUCAAUUUUUCCACUGACAUAGUAAACAGAUAUGGGUAAUGAAGGUAUAUUAAUAAAUUACAUGAAGAUAAUGUAUAAAUCAUUAGUGGAUGCUCUGGGCUUUGUCUGUAACAGAUAUUUAAUCUCUGUAGCUCUAAAGAGAAUAAAGAUUAAAUCAUGUGACAAAAAUAAUUCUGAAAAACUGAAUGUAAUGUGUAAGGGAAAAAGAACAACUCAUUAGAUUAGUGUGAACCAAAGAUUUUCAGCAUUGAAUAGCACCACUGUGAAAGAAAAAUUAGAUCACCUAGGACUAAGCUUUAGUAUGCUAAGCAGAGCCUGUGAGAAUCUUCCCGCUAGUCAUGCUAACAGACUUCAUCCUCCAGCACUCCCUCCAAGUUUAAAGACCUCCUAUCACCAAAACAGUUUCAAAAUGACUUUGAUUAAAACCUUUUCUGCAGCUCCUGCUAUCCGGAACAGACUGCUCUGUGUCUCUCUACUUCAUUGACUUUUUGUCCCUUUUUAAGUCUCAUCUGCAAAUCUAUCUUGCAUAAAUUUCUCUCUUGCAUACUUUCUUUCUCUGUUCCAUUGAGAGAUUUAUUAUUUAGGGUCCUCAUUCUCCCAAACCUUACUUGUAUGAGUAAUCCUUACUUGUGCAGUCCCAUUGAACCCAAUGUGUGAGGAACAGGAGUGUUUACAAGGGCUUGUCUACACUUGAAAUGCUAAGCAGCACAGCUGCAGCACUUCAGUGUAGAAAUUAAUUACAGUGAUAUGAAGGAUUCUCUCCUUGGCAUAGUUAAUCCACCUCCCCAAGAGCCAAGAGCUAGGUCACCAGAAGAAUUCUUCCAUCAAUCCAGUGCUAUCUACAGCCGGGGUUAGGUUGGCUUAACUACAUCACUCAGGAGUGUGGAUUUUUCAUUCCCCUUAUUUAGGUGGAUUGAUUUAAAUUUUGAGUAUAGACCUGGCCUAAGGGACUGACCUUUAUUGUCUGAGCCCAGUCAUUUGGUAUGGGAAAGGGUUAAAAAAAAAAAAAAAAGUGACACCCUUGUCACAUGCCGGUGUGAUUUAUCCACUGACUUGAUCAGCUAAUGUUACAAUGAAUAAGACUUGGAGAGAGUUAACAUGAUCAGGCUCUAACUGAGACAGUAUUACUUGUCUCUGCAAAACAUUUUGGUGUAUAGAGCCUGACUUUUUUCUUCCAGAGAAAUCAUAGUUUCAUCAUUGACUUAAAUAGGAGAACAGGGACCACAGUUAGUGUGAAAUAUUCUAUUACAUACUCUGUCUCAUGAACUGAAUUAGAAAUACUGUAAAAUACACAAAGAAAAAGGGGUCACACAUUUAAAAUCCUGCCAUUUCAUAAAAUGAAAUCUCCUGCAUGGGCAGGCAUCUGGAUUAGAUCGCCUAAUAAAUCAUUUCCAUCUCUCAAAAUGUCCCCAAUAUACAGGUAGCACUUUCAGAUUGAAAUUCUUUCCUGAAACAUGAAUGAAGAAAUCAUGUCUGAGGGCAUGCCUACAUUGCCUUGCCUGCCUCAGACUAUGGGGGUGUAAAGAGCAGUUCACACCAAAGUGCUGUGUUGUAACUCCCCCAUGUGGAUGCUGCAGGCACAAGCGAAAAGGUUUCUCAUUUACAUUAACGUAGUCCUCUUCAAACAGGACUAUGGUAAUGAGAACUGGGAACCUUGUUCCCACAGCAUCCACAUUGGAGAGUUACAACACAGGACUUUGGUGCACACUGCUGUUCACCGUCUCAUAGUGCGAACUGCAGGGCAGUGUAGAUAUGCCCUGAGACUGUACCUUCAGUGGUUCUGUGGGAAGCAGGAGUAACAAUGAGUAUGAAUGCAUUGGAUGCAAAUGCAUCCGAUGAAGUGAGCUGUAGCUCACGAAAGCUUAUGCUCAAAUAAGUUAGUCUCUAAGGUGCCACAAGUACUCCUUUUCUUUUUAAUGAGUAUGUGUGUCUUCCUGUGUGUUUCUCCUCUGCCCCUCUCACUCCUAUGAGAGAAAAGUUGGGCAAGUGAGCUAUUAAAUUAACAACUGGAAUACAUUUGUUGGUCUAGCAACUGAUUGCACUGUAUAUUGCCUGUGAUUUUGACUUCUCAGUAUUCUUCUCAACCAAUGUCAACAUGAA